GGAAGGACAGACGGGGCCGUGUGGCAUCAGUGAGGAGAGCAGAGGAAUCGAGCCAGCGGGUGGGUGAGGGAAAUUGGAGCCGUCAAGGUAUUAGAAGGGGAGGAUUUGUAGUCAGGAAAGCAAAACUAAACAUCCCAACAGGAUCUGACGGAGUCGCCCAAUUUAUCACAAUCUGAAUAUGAUGGGAUUUUGAACAUGGAAGGAAAAAGAACCCUUCACAGUGGGAAGAGACCGUACAUGUGUUAUGUGUGUGGACAAGGCUUCAGCCAAUCAUCUGGCUUGUCAAAACAUAAAUGCAGUUACACUGAAGAGAAACCAUGGAAAUGUCAGGAUUGUGGGAAGGGAUUCAAUUACCCAUUUCAAUUGGAAGCUCAUCGACGGACUCACACUGGGGAGAGGCUGUUCACCUGCUCCACGUGUGGCAAGGGAUUCAUUACUUCAUCCAACCUGAUGACACACCAGCGAGUUCACACUGAUGAGACACCUUUUAAAUGCCCAGAAUGUGGGAAGUGCUAUAAACGUUCUGGGGACCUGAUGCGCCAUCAACGUGUUCACACUGACGAGAGACCAUUCAAAUGUCCAGACUGCUGGAAGUGCUACAAAAGUUCCUGGGAACUGAUGUCCCAUGAACGAGUUCACACUGACGAGAGACCUUUUAAAUGCCCAGACUGCAUGAAGUGCUAUAAAAGCUCCGGGGAACUGAUGUCCCAUCAACGUGUUCAUACUGACGAGAGACCGUUCAGGUGCUUGAACUGUGGGACUGGGUUCAAGCGUUCAUCUACCCUCACUAAACACCAGCGCACUCACACUGGGGAGAGGCCGUUCACCUGCUCCAAGUGUGGGAAGAGAUUCACUCAGUCAUCCCACCUGCUGACACAUCAGCGAGUUCACAGUGGGGAGAGACCUUUUAAAUGCCCAGACUGCGGCAAGUGCUUUAAAAGUUCCAAGGAACUGCUGUGCCAUCAACGUGUUCACACUGACGAGAGACCUUUCAGAUGUUCUCAUUGUGGGGCUGAGUUCAGGCGUUCAUCUCAUCUCACUGAACACCAGCGAGUACACACUGGGGAGAGGCCAUUCACCUGCUCCACAUGUGGGAAGGGAUUCACUCAGUCUUCCAGCCUGAAGACACACCAAAGAGUUCACACAGCAAGAGAUCUUUUAAAUGCCCAGCGUGCGGGAAGUUCUAUAAAAGUUCUGGGGAAGUGACGUCCCAUCAACGUGUUCACACUGAUGAGAGACCUUUCAGCUGCUCUCAGUGUGGAACUGGGUUCAGGCGAUCAUCUCAAUUCACUGGACACCAAUGAAUUCACAUUGGGGAGAGACUGUUCAGCUCUUUUGAGUGUAGGAAGGGAUUCACUCAUUCUUCUCGCCUGCUAACACACCAGCGAGUUCACAAGUAACUACAAUGAUUGGAUUUUGCUGUUAAUCACAUCCGGAACUGAACCAUGUUAGUUUUUGCUGAUGUUAAUAAACUGCAGCCCAGUUAUAAGGGGUAAUAUUCUGGAUUAAAGUGAAAUGAAUUAGCUUUCUGUUGAACAUACGGUGUGUCAAUUUUUUUUAAACAUCUCUAGUACAAGCUACAAAUGAACAAGGAACAGGAGGAGGUCACUUGUCCCUUCAAGCCUGCUCCACCGCUCGAUAAGAUUAUGGCUGAUCUGAUUCAAACCUCAACUCCAUAUUCCCACCUAACCCGAUAACAUUUCACCCCCUUGCUCAUCAAGAAUCUAUCUACUUCUGCUUUAAAAAUAUUCAAAGACUCUGCUUCCACUAUCUUUUGAGGAAGACUUCCAAAGACUUACUACCCAAAGAGAAAAAUGCCUCCUCAUCUCUGUCCUAAAUGGGUGACCUCUUUUUUAAACAGUGACCCAUAAUUCCAGUUUCUCCCACAAGAGAAAACAUCCGUUCCUCAUCCACCCUCACAAGACUCAUCAUGAUCUUAGAUGUUUCAAUCAAGUCGCCUCUUACUCUUCUAAACUCCAGUGGAUACAAGCCUGGCCUGUCCAACAUUUCCUCAUAAGACAACAUUCCCAUUCCAGGUAUUAGUCUAAUAAAUUUUCUCUAGACUGCUUGCAAUGCAUUUACAUCGUUCCUUAAAUAAGGAGACCAAUACUGUACACACUACUCUUGAUGUUGUCUCACCAAUGCCAUGUAUAACUGAACUAUAACCUCCUUACUUUUGUAUUCAGUUCCCCUUACA